CACCCGGCGGCGCUGCCGUGUUUCUGGGCGCAGUGAGCCCGGCCACGCACCGGACCUGUCAACCUCUGGAGCGGCCGGACCUCGCUGUUGCCGAGGGGAGCGCGACCGUAGCGGGACUACAUUUCCCAGAGAGCCCCGCGCGGUCCGGUAGCUCUCGCGAGAGUUGGCGGAGCUCGCGCCAGGACUCCAUUUCCCUCAAGCCUUCAGCGCGACGGAAGUGGAUCAGCGGCAAUUCCGCGGCUGCGGGUGGCGGAACGGCGGCGGGGAGCGCGGUGGCAGCGGCGGGCGGCGGAGGCAGCGGCAGCGGCAGCGGCAGGGAUGGACGUGACUGGGCCUGAGACCGACUGGCGCAGCACCACGUUUCGGCAGAAGCUCGUCAGUCAGAUUGAUGAUGCUAUGAGGAAAGCUGGUGUUGCCCAUAAUAAAUCCAGCAAAGACAUGGAGAGUCAUGUGUUUAUGAAGGCCAAAACAAGGGAGGAAUAUCUUUCUCUUGUGGCCAGACUUAUUAUCCAUUUUCGAGAUAUUCACAAUAAGAAAUCUCAAGCCUCAGUCAGUGAUCCGAUGAAUGCACUGCAGAACCUAACUGGGGGUCCCCCAGCAGGAGCACCUGGAAUGGGCAUGGCUUCCCGAGCCCAAGGAGCACCGAUGAGUGGGAUGAGUGGCCUUGGUCCCAUGGGGCAGCAGAUGAGUCUCCCAGGGCAGCAGCAGCCUCCUGGAACCUCAGGAAUGGCCCCUCAUGGUAUGCCUGGUGUCUCUACAGCUACUCAGCAGACCCAACUUCAGCUUCAGCAGAUAGCUCAGCAGCAGCAGCAGCAGCAGCAACAAUUCCAGCAGCAGCAGGUGGCUUUGCAGCAGCAGCAAUUCCAGGCCCAGCAGUCAGCCAUGCAACAACAGUUUCAGGUCCAGCAGCAGCAACAGCAGCAGUUGCAAGCCGUCCAGCAGCAGCAGCAACAGCAGCAGUUGCAAGCUGUCCAGCAGCAGCAACAGCACAUGCUGAAACUGCAGAUGCAGCAGCAGCAAAACCAACAGCAGCAGCAACAGCAACAACAGCAACUACAGCGAAUUGCCCAAAUGCAGCAGCUGCAGGCAGCACAGGCUAUGCAGGCACAGCAGCAGCAGCAACAGCAGCAGCAGCAACAGCAGCAACAAAUACCACAACAGCAGAUACAGCAGCAGCCACCUCAGCAAGUAAUGCAACAGCAGAUACAACAGAUGCAGCAGCAACAACAGCAACAGCAGCAGCAACAACAACAGGUUGCUCAGGCACAACAGUCUCAGCUUCCACCACAGUCCCAGCCUCAACCCCAGCCCAUGGUGUCUCAGCCACAGGCAAUCUCAGGACAAAUUCCUGGUCAGGUUAUGCCUGUUACUCUAACGCCACAGCAAUUAAAAGCAAUGCAGGUAAGAGCUCAGCUGGUCCAGCAGCAGCAGGCAGCAGCAGCAGUGCAAGCAGCUCAGGCCCAAGCUGCUCAGAUGGGAGCCUCAGGGCAGAUGAUCACCGCACCUAUGGCCCGAGGUGGGAUGCAAAUAAGACCACGGUUCCCGCCUACCACCGCUGUGUCUGCUACACCGCCAAGCUCCAUUCCUUUGGGCGGACAGCAAAUGCCACAGGUCAGCCAGAACAAUAUUACCAUGAUGUCAUCCCCAUCUCCUGUCCAACAAGCUCAAACCCCCCAGUCAAUGCCUCCGCCACCACAGCCGCAGCCAUCUCCUCAGCCAGGCCAGCCAACUUCUCAGCCAAAUUCAAAUGUCAGCUCUGGCCCAGCUCCAUCACCCAGCAGCUUUCUCCCCAGUCCAUCUCCACAGCCAUCCCAGAGCCCAGCAGCUGCACGAACACCUCAGAACUUUAGUGUCCCAUCCCCAGGUCCGUUAAACACUCCAGGAAAUCCAAAUUCUGUCAUGAGUCCAGCCAGUUCUAGCCAGUCAGAGGAGCAACAGUAUCUGGAAAAACUCAAACAGCUGUCAAAAUACAUUGAGCCACUCCGGAGGAUGAUCAAUAAAAUAGAUAAAAAUGAAGAUAGGAAGAAAGACCUGAGUAAAAUGAAGAGUCUCCUGGAUAUCCUGACUGACCCUUCAAAACGGUGCCCUCUGAAGACGCUGCAGAAAUGUGAAAUUGCUCUGGAGAAGCUGAAAAAUGAUAUGGCUGUGCCUACUCCACCACCUCCUGCAGUACCCCCCACCAAACAGCAGUAUUUGUGUCAGCCACUUCUGGAUGCUGUUUUGGCCAACAUCCGUUCACCAGUCUUCAACCAUUCUCUUUACCGUACAUUUAUGCCAGCUAUGACUGCAAUUCACGGGCCACCGAUCAUGGCCCCUGUUGCUUCCCCUCGAAAACGGAAAUAUGAAGAGGAUGAAAGACAAACCAUACCAAAUGUCUUACAAGGGGAAGUUGCAAGAUUAAAUCCUAAAUUCCUGGUGAACCUGGACCCUUCCCACUGCAGUAAUAAUGGCACAGUUCAUCUCAUAUGCAAGCUAGAUGACAAGAAUCUUCCAAAUGUCCCACCACUACAGCUCAGCGUUCCAGCGGACUAUCCAGAUCAGAGCCCUCUGUGGAUAAAAAACCCCAGACAGUAUGCAGCCAAUCCCUUUUUGCAGUCCGUGUAUCGGUAUAUGACUUCCAAACUAUUGCAACUUCCAGACAAGCAUUCGGUCACGGCACUCUUAAACACCUGGGCACAAAGUAUUCGUCAGGCCUGCCUCUCUGCUGCGUAACAUCUCACUUCCUAAACCGUGAAGCAAGAAAGAAGGUCUCAACAGCUGGUCUCUUGCACACGCCAUUGGAAAAUCGCAUUUUGAGGAGGGUACUUCAGAAGAAAGAAGCCUUAUGUUGUUUCAUUUCUAGGUGUCAGGUUCAGUAGAGAACCUGAUGUUAGACUUAGUUUUCAUGCUUUUUAUCUUCUGCCUCUGUGGGCUUUUGUCAGCAUUUUCAAAUAUACAAAAGGUGUAUAUAUGGUUCUUGAGACUGUAUUAGGAUGAGCUUUUAUUGUCUUCUUAGAGAAGAAAUUAUUUGUGGACUUCCAUCAGGGAGUCUGGUAUAAGAGGGAGUAGGGAGAGAACGUCCUAAUUUGCUUCAAAGUUUGCUCAGUGCCAGUAUUUGUUUCACACUGUAUGUUUUGUGACCUGAUACUGCCCCAGAAAUAAAAUAGCUGCAACUAGAAUGUGCUGGCAAACUUGUCAGUGGUUGCAGGAAUCUUUUUGCCUAUUAGUUUUGCCCAGAGAUGGGAUGAAUUACAGCUUCUUAAGGCAUCCCUCAAGUACACGAGAGAGAUCUGGAUAAUUAUACUUGGAGGUGGGGAACAAAAUAGAGGGGGGGGAAGUAUUUUAUAGCUUAUUUAAACACUACUUUGUUUAAAUGGUUGGUUUUUUGUUAGCAUGGACCAUGUUUCUCAUCACCUCGCUUCGGGUGUAAGAAAGAAGAGAUACUACUGUGCACACUGAGUUCCUCUAUAAACUCAGUAAAUGUGUACAUAAAGGUGGGGCAGGACAAACCCAACAGUAUAAUGCCCUACUAACACAAAUCAAUCCAGCAGGUUUGUAGCUACAUUUCUUUUACUAAGAGUUUCUCUGAGGUGUUUGGCUUCCUUUGGGAGUUGAUGCAGUUCAGUGAAAAUGCUUCUAUGCUUCAUCAGUUUGUUUAAAAAGAAAAGUUAAAACCAGCAUAUCCCAGGAGUAGAACUGACAACUAAGAUUUUGUGCCUUGAGCAAUGAUGGGCACUCAAAUUGGUCAUCAGCUGCCUUAUCGUUGGGCACUGCUAAUGAAAACAUUUGCCAUGAGUAACUAAUUUCAUGCAUAGUGUGUUGGUUUUAUUUUCCCUGUGCUUAUAAGUUGGUCACUCUUAAUUUCCUGGUGCAGAACAAUUAUCAAAUUUCAGAUGUUCCCAUUACAUCCCGCUCCAUCUCCCUGUAUUGUGCAGCAAACCUUAAAGAGUAGCUGAGCUCUCUUCCAGUAGUGUCAAGAAAUUGCUAUGACCUUUGUAAAUCUGUGUGGUGUCAUCAGUUUUAGGAUGUUUUUAACUGUGGGUACUUAGUAAGCACUGACUGAGGCAGCAGAAUGCUAUCAGUAUUUUGUACAUGAACUAAUGCAUUAUCUGUUUGUUUCAAUUGUAAUAAAUUUAUUAUUAUUCCUGUGUUGGAUGCUAACAUUAUACUGCUCUUGCCAUGUUGAUCCAUAGAUACCAGUUCUGUUGUUUCCAUUUGAUGAUGGACACAACAUUGUUCUAGGGUAAGUAAGUGAAGACUUAAAGGCUUUGAAGGUUAGGGGAGGAAAUCAUGACUCUUCAUCCCAUGAAACACGAUCUUUAUGGUCCUCAUAGUGAAUUGUAAGACCUGGUCAAGAGAUUAGUGAUGGUAUCUACAACUGAAAGAUGUAGAUUUUUUUUAACCAGUUCUGUUACAUGGCUGACUGUUUCCUUAGGGCAAAAGAAUCGACAGCACCAACAUAGUUUAUAAUACAUAAUUAAGUCAUAAUCCAAGAAAUCAGGGUAGGAAUGCGGUUAAAGAUAUUGCCAGGGUCUAACACUAAGGCACUUACAGCAUUUUUUUUCUUAACAAGUUAAAACAUAUCUGGAAAUAGAUGUAAAAUGUGUAUCCCUCAGAUUUACAAUAAAUUUGCUAGUGCAGUUUUCAGGCCUGUCACUGUAGCUGCAGUACCUUUCAGUUUCCCUCAAAUAAGAUGCAGUGAGAUGUUAGACUGAGGGUGGGGUAGGCAUCCUGACAACACAGCAGCUUCUCAGUUGGGAGAUAAAUCAUGAAAACUGGAAGUGGGUCAUGUACCCACAGUGCGUCAAAUAGCUGUGAACUGGUCAUUGCAGAAGAUGAGGUAGGAAUCUUUGCAGAAAAAAGAGAGAGAAAUGAUGACCCAAGUCCUGUGACUGCAGAGCUGAUUAUGGGAGCUGCAGUUUAAACAAACAAGUUUGCGAAGCCAAAUUGCUCAAAUCAGAUUUGCACCAGGACAGUUAUCUUAUAGUAUCAACAGCCAGGACAAUGACUGUAAGUAGGAAGUAACUUUUCUUACAGUUGGUGUGGAGCAUGGUGAAAUGCAGCCCUUGUGCAGCUCUAAGGCUCAAGCAAAUUGAUUCGUUUGUUAGCAAAAAUGGUUAUUGUAGGCUUACUUUCAUACUACUGAAUGCUUUUGUUCCUACAGCAUAGUUUUGGAUGUUGAUUUACAUCCAGCAUAAGCUGAAUGUAAGAUGGUGAUUAGCCAUAAGCUAUAAAGCUGUUUUCUUACUGAACCUCAUUUCACUUUGAUUAGUUAUCUCUCCCACACGCACCAUCAUGGCAUGUUUUUAGAGAGCACAAAAUGGUUGAGGUUUUUUUGACUGAGUUACCUUUCAAAGCUCAUCAGGAUUUCUCUUUGUAGUGUCUCUUGAUGCAUUGCCCCAAAGAACAUUUGGUGUUAAUAAAAAUAUUUCAGAGAGAAUGAAAAUUGCAGGAGGGAGUGAGAGGGAACACGGGGACAGAAGUACACAGGCAGCUGUGCUUGCUGUGUGCCAUACUCUGAGGGCAGGAACAGGCUGGGUGGGGAAAUGGAGCACCUUAGUCCUGGGGAAAUAGGGAUGUUUUGACAUCACAAAAUAGACUGUGAAAACACAUGAUUUUUAUUGUUUAGUACUGUUGGGUCAUGCCAUUUUUUAGUAAGUCACUACUGAGAUCCUUACCCUUGAUUAGAGAUGUUUUGAGGGACACAUUUUGCAGUUGCUGAAUGUGUUCUCUCCAGAAACCCGCCAUACCUUUUACUGAGGAACUCUCUUUAGUCAGAUGUUUGACUCCUGUGUCAUCAUGGGCGUAAGUACUGUGAUGACAAGCCAGGGAUAUACCAUAAAGGCAAACAAGGAGAUGCACAUUACUUCAUUAAAAAAAAAAUAAUAAAAAAAAAAGA